AUGUCCUCAGACGAACAGCUCAACCCACUUGCCGAAUCUGGGAUAACAAUGCCCUCUGACUCGGAACAAUAUUCUCGCAAUGAUGAAAUUUCUCCUUCUCCAUCCUCAUCAAAUUCUCCGCAGAUGAUUCUAUACUCUCCUCCUACGUUUUGGGGUUUACUUAGAGGGGCUGCGAUCAAUCUUGUACUACCUUUCGUCAAUGGUCUUAUGCUUGGAUUCGGGGAGCUAUUUGCUCAUGAGGCUGCAUUUAGAUUGGGGUGGAGUAAUACAAAGAAGACUCCUCAAAGACGGGGACAUGCAGGCAAACUCAAGCAAGUCUGGAGUUUUGGAGGUUAUUUGGCAACAGAUAGGAAGAAGGUUUUCUCCUCAAAUGUACAACGACCCAUUAAAACCAAUUCAGUUCUCUCGAAUAAAGGCAAAAGCACAUUAUUUUCGCAGUCAAUUACUCGACCUGCCCCCUCAAAAGCCAAUAUCUUAAUACGAAAUGCAACCUCCAUUCGUUUCGCAUCAACUGCACCCUCCGCCAUACCUCCCGUAGAUUCCCCAAUCCCCUCAAUCGAAACCUCCACCCCCGAAUUCAAACCUACCCCGCUCGAUGUAACUGCCGAUAUUAAUCCUGAUAUUCUCUCCGCGCCUGAACACAUUGGGUAUCUACACUCUCUAGGUCUGGAUUAUGGAUGGGGUCCCACGGCGAUCAUGGAAUGGAUGCUGGAGCAUAUCCACGUCUUGGCCGGAACCCCCUGGUGGGUAUCUAUCGGUAUCGCAGCUGCCGCCUGGAGAGUUAUACUAUUCAAACCUUACCUCGAUGCUGCGGAAAAUGCAUCUCGAAUGGCUACCAUAAAGGAAUUUACUGCUCCAGUCCAGGCGCAGAUGAUGCAAGCGAGAACGAGAGGAGAUACAACCGAAAUGAUGUUUCAUAGGGCAGAGUUACAGCGAAUUUAUAAGAGGGCGGGAAUCUCAAUGUGGAAGAGUUUUGUACCGAUGGUGCAAAUAUUUAUUGGUUACGGAACGUGGAAAUUGUUGAGACAGAUGUCUGACAUACCUGUCCCGGGGUUACUGGAUGGAGGAGUCCUUUGGUUUUACAAUUUAACUAUCCCGGAUCCUUAUUACUUAUUACCUUUAGCCACAAGUGCAAUCUUGCAUUUUGUUUUGAAAAAAGGUGGAGAAACGGGCGUUAGUACUCUCACACCUGGUAUGCUAUAUAUGAUGCAAUGGGGUAUGCCUGCGCUCUCCAUGGUCUUCACAUCAUUCAUGCCUGCCGCUGUUCAAUUCUCAUUCCUCAUGUCUUCCUCGAUAUCCUUCGGCCAAGCCACGCUUUUCCGCAGUCCUAAAUUCAGAGCAUGGGCAAACAUGACUCCACUCCCUAAUCAAAACCCAUCACCAUCCGAAAAUACCUUGAGGAUGAAGGAAAUUCCGGUUACCCAGGGAGAGACCAAGGCUACAAAGAGAUUUUCAUUGGAUGGUAGUAUAGGAAAUGUAAUGGAAAGAUUUCAGAGCGCCAAGAAAGUGGCAGUAGAUCACGCAAAGGAAAGAAGAGCAAAGCAAGAUGAUUCGUCGGCAAAGGCCAGAGCAGACGCUUAUGAGGAGAGGAGGAGAAGAGAGAUAGCCGAAGAAGUCGCGCGUCAAAAUGAGAGAAGGGCAUUGGAGAGAGAGAGGAGAAAGAUGGAGAGAGGAAGAAAAAGGAGUAGAAAGGAUUGA